AUGUCUCUACUGCAGAAAAAGAGCAAAAUGGGGCCAGGACCAUUGCUGGCAAUCACAUCCAAACAUUUCAUGGAUGCAGCAUUGGAAGAUCCUGUUAUUGAGGAGCAGGUUGCAGAACUUCUCCAUCGUGAGACGUUCGAAUUCGAAUGCCUUUACGUAUUCGGGGAGCAUCGGCGAUUGUUCAACAUCGCCUUCAGUAGCAACUUCCCGUUGCCUACUGAAACUUUUUCAAUUGAAAUAAGAAUCACAAAGUGUCUCUUAUACGUUGAAGGAGUUUUAGUGGCAUCGAUGAAGCUGUCUAUUGAUGAUAGCGAGGCGUUGUUCUACGCCAAGACAGCGAUACAGAACGGAUUCGAAAAGUUUCGACUGUUCGUGAGAGGUCAUCCCAUGAAAGGAGAGUUCCGAGAGGAAAUUCUGUACGAUUUCCGCAGAAAACUCGGACAAGCGGCAUCACCGACGCCGGGACACUUCUCGAGGGACGCGUACGGAUGCACAGAGAUGCCCCUCGGGAAGGAUGGAGGACUCCAGAUGGUUUUUACAAGGAAUCCCGGUGCAACGAGGGAUUAA